AUCCCUGAAGAAGAUAUUCCGAUGCGAUCAGUUACUGUUGCAAUAGACGGUUCAAUGCUUGUCGCUGCGAAUAACAAAGGUAAUUGUUAUGUGUGGGAAAUGUCCAAUAAUCGGGAUUUUACGGAUUUAGAGCCACUUACAACAUUUUCAGCACAUAAGAAAUAUAUCACACGAUGUUUAUUGAAUACAACGGUUAAAAUAUGGUCUACUGCUAAUAAUGAAUUUGAAUUGGAUAAAGAACUAAAAGGACAUCAACGAUGGGU